UCGAUUUGGAUCAAAACCGAGGGUUUUGCCCACAAAGACAUCCAGAGCCGUGAAGAACUCGACGAACAGCGUCUCUACCAGACGAUCGAUCCAUUUCUCUGAGAGGUUUUGGAGUUGGGGAGGAGGCUAAUCAGGUUUGUUCUUCGAUCUGAACGUUGGUCUCCGUUGCCAUGUCUGCCGGCGUCUGCGGUAAGCGCCUAGGGUUCGAGGAAAUCUUUGGAUCCCCUUCGUCGGCGCCGCCGUCCAAGAGGUCUCGCUGCUCGCUUUAUGAAUCCCCAGUUCACUCUCCCGAUCUUGGGUUUGGGUCUGACGAUAAGCUAUCCAUUCUCCUUCGCAUGUUCCCUUCCUUGGACCGUGAGGUUGUGGAAACUACUCUAAAUUCUCAUGGCCACAGAAUGGAUGAUGCCAUCAAGAGUCUUCACGCUCUUUGUGUUGGUGGUGAAACUUCAAUAAAAGAAACAGUUAGCCUGGAUCAAGAUCUCACUUCAGAUGGCCAUGUCGUUGCAGGGAAUAAAAUAACUCCUAUGUCUGAUACAAAGGUUGAAGAAGUUAACCACUGCAACUUGAACUUUGACCCUCAAAAUGCUUCGUCAUGGGUGGAUGUUUUUGUACAUGAAAUGAUGAAUGCAUCAGAUUGGAAUGAUGUUCGUUCCCGUGCUACUCAGAUGUUGGAAGCUUUUGAAAAAAGUGUUAUCACCAAUUCUGUGUCUUCUUAUGAGCAAGAAGUCACUUCCCUUAAAGAGCAACUUCAGAGCUUGUUGAGAGACAACCAGAUUUUGAAGAAAGCUGUAGCAAUUCAACAUGAACGUAGCUUGGAGCAAGACGAGAAGCUGAAAGAAAUGCAACACUUGAAGCAUGUCCUUAGCAAAUACCAUGAGCAAGUCCAGGCAUUGGAGCGUAAUAAUUACACAUUGAGGAUUCAUCUUCAGAGAGCACAAGAGUCCAGUUCCAUUCCCGGUCGUUUCCACCCGGAUGUAUUCUAAAACAUACAAUUGCCAUGUGUAUCAUCAGUCUUGCCAUUGUACGAAACCACGUCGGGCAUUACAAAAUAGAAGUUGAAUGAAUUGCCUGUUUUGAUCUUCAGUUUCUGCUGUUUCAACUCUUUCAAAGAAUCUGAAAAAUCAAGAGCAGCACAUUAUUCUACUGUCUCAUCAAAUUGCAAUAGUUUGGAGGUGUGUGCGUUCAGUGCCUACCUUUUUACCGUGUUGUUCAAUUCUGUGUGCUGGUUCAUAGAUAUUGUCUUAAAGGUUUCACAGUAUAGAAUGGAUUUUACUUUUACCGAUCUGUUUGUAAGUUAACCAGUGUCAUUGAAUUAUGGUUCAUUCUA